GCUGCGCCUCCGUUAGGAGUGGCAGACGGAGCUGCACAUGUGUAGUCAGCCGGAAUUUUUCGUGUCGUGUUGUAAAAGUUGUUAAUUUGCCGUAAAUAUCUCUUGAUUUGUACUCAAGAGUGAAGCAAGACUCCAAGGAAGAGAGAUUGACGCAUCGGGAGCGAAGAACAGAAACGAUGGAUGGUUACGCUGCUUGGGUCUCGGCACGUUCGAAUUGGCAAAGUUCCGAAUUUGUCGCUGUGUUUUGUACGCUUGUGCGCUCGUCAUUUGCCGUCAUCGCGCGGAGAUAUUUGCGCUGGAUGUCUUUCACUUCGUGUACAAAACUCUGCACGCUGCGGCAUCGAAGAAGUUGUCCUGUGUUUGGGUGCACGUAUGCGCUUGGACACGGAUAUAUCCUGCUUGCUCUCAACGGGUGUUCAACAGUCUACGCGCACUCGUAACUUGCUCAUGAGGCAAGUUGCUGUUGUGCUGGAGCUGAGAAGAGGUCUGCUGCCUGCAAUGGGUCCAUCUCUCUCAAGUUAUCGCAGUAUUGUAGCUCUCAAAGUUCAAAAAAGUAUGGUGGAAGCUGUUGCCAAGGUUCCGACCAGAAAAGACAGCCAGUAUAAAAGGGUCCACACCACUGAUCUCUACUACAGGGCAUGGACAGCACAUCGAGCACCCUCGACUGAAGCCAACCUUGUCCCGGUAGUUGGUGCUUCAGAACUUUGCGGCAGCACUUCGUUUGCACGGGUGUGUGGCAUUUCUUCCCCUAACAUGCCUGCCUGAUGUGCCAUAAACUACCCAAGCAGUGUUUCGAGGUGUCCAGAAUUUUUCCAUUGCAGUGUCUACAGUGUAGCUAACAUAAGUGGCGU